UCACUCCCACAAUGCCUUUCGGGAGCUGCGCUGUCCUGCUGGCCAGGGGCUGCUCAAGAUGGCGGCUGACAGUGAGCCUGAGUCCGAAGUGUUCGAAAUCACAGAUUUCACCACCGCCUCCGAGUGGGAGAGAUUUAUUUCCAAAGUUGAAGAGGUUUUGAAUGACUGGAAGCUUAUUGGCAUUUCUUCAGGAAAACCUUUGGAAAAGGGCGUAUAUACCACUGAAACAUGGGAGGAGAAGUCAGAUGAAAUCGCUUUUGCUGAUUUUCGAUUCUCGGUGUCACAUCAUUAUCUUGUACAAGAAUCAAGUGACAAAGAUGCAAAAGAGGAACCAAUAGAAGAUGCCCUUCCAGUUGCCAUGCAAGAUCUUCUGUGUAUGAACAAUGAUUUUCCACCUAGAGCUCAUUGUCUAGUAAGAUGGUAUGGUUUGCGUGAAUUUCUAGUCAUUGCACCUGCAGCAAAUAAUGAUGCAGUUCUUAGUGAAUCCAAAUGUAAUCUCCUUUUGAGUUCAGUUUCUAUUGCAUUGGGGAACACAGGCUGCCAAGUACCUGUAUUUGUGCAAAUUCAUCACAAAUGGCGAAGAAUGUAUGUUGGAGAAUGUCAAGGGCCUGGAGUCAGAACAGACUUUGAAAUGGUUCAUCUUCGCAAAGUGCCCAGUCAGUAUACCCAUGUAUCAGGACUGUUGGACAUCUUCAAAUCUAAGAUUGGUUGCCCAUUAAUCCCAUUACCUCCAAUUAAUAUAAGUAUUAGACUUACUUAUGUACUUCAGGACUGGCAGCAAUAUUUCUGGCCUCAACAACCACCAGAUAUAGAUGCUUUAGUUGGCGGAGAAGUUGGAGGCCUAGAAUUCGGAAAGUUGCCAUUUGGUGCCUGUGAAGAUCCUAUCACUGAACUCCAUUUAGCAACUACGUGGCCUCAUCUAACGGAGGGUAUAAUUGUAGACAAUGAUGUUUAUUCAGACUUGGAUCCUGUACAAGCACCUCAGUGGUCCGUGAGAGUCAGAAAAGCCGAUAAUCCACAGUGCUUAUUGAGUGAUUUUGUAACUGAAUUUUUCAAACUCUGUCGUCGGAAAGAAUCAACUGAUGAGAUUCUUGGAAGAUCCACAUUUGAAGAAGAGGGGAAAGAUGCUGAUAUAAGCCAUGCUUUGUCAAAGCUCACAGAACCAGCACCAGUCCCAAUCCAUAAACUCUCAGUGACAAAUAUGGUUCACUCUGCAAAGAAAAAGAUUCGUAAACACAGAGGUAUAGAUGAAUCACCAUUAAAUAACGAAGUCCUCAAUACUAUUCUCUUGUACUUAUUUCCUGAUGCUGCUGAUAAAUCAACAGAUGGAUCUGAAGCCAGAUCUAGUACUUCAGCAGGAAGCCUUCCUCCCCCAGACAAUGAAGACUAUAAUCUCUACAUCCAAUUCAAAUCUGCUCCUUCAGUCAGUCUAACAUAUAAACUGGCCCUUUGCCUUUGUAUGAUCAACUUUUACCAUGGUGGGGUCAAAGGAGUUGCACAUCUCUGGCAGGAAUUUGUCCUGGAAAUGCGUUACAGAUGGGAGAACAACUUCUUCAUCCCAGGGUUAACCAGCGGUGCUCCAGACCUGAGAUGUUGCUUACUGCACCAGAAACUCCAGAUGUUAAACUGUUGCAUUGAAAGAAAGAAAGCAAGAGAUGAGGGGAGGAAAGUGAAUAAUUCCAAUCGCUGUUCUGGUGACACUGGGAAAACGAUUGACCUGACAGGUAGAGACUAUCCAAAAGACAGUGAUAAGGAAAAAGGAGAAGUAGGAAAAUCUUGGGAAUCCUGGAGUGACAGCGAAGACGAGUUUUUUGAAUGCUUAAGUGACACAGAGGAACUUAAAGGAAAUGGACAAGAAAGUGGGAAGAAAGGUGCUACAAAAGAAGGCAGCAAGGAAACCCUGGCAUUAAAGCCAGAAGGUCGUCUGCAUCAGCAUGGCAACUUGACUUUGCUUCAUCCUGGAGACCCUCUCUAUGUUCCAAUAACACAGGAACCAGCUCCUAUGACUGAAGAUCUACUAGAAGAACAAUCUGAAGUGUUGGCUAAACUGGGAACAUCAGCAGAAGGGGCCCAUCUUAGGGCUCGCAUGCAGAGUGCCUGCUUGCUCUCAGAUAUGGAAUCUUUCAAGGCUGCUAACCCUGGUUGUUGUCUGGAGGACUUUGUAAGAUGGUAUUCACCUCGGGAUUACAUAGAAGAGGAAACUGUGGAUGAAAAAGGGGAUGUAGUCAUCAAGGGUGAGCUGAGUGCCCGAAUGAAGAUUCCAAGUAAUAUGUGGGUUGAAGCAUGGGAGACAGCAAAGCCGAUUCCAGCAAGGAGGCAAAGACGACUCUUUGAUGACACUCGUGAGGCAGAGAAGGUAUUGCACUAUUUAGCGGUUCAGAAACCAGCAGAUCUUGCAAGGCAUCUUCUGCCUUGCGUCAUCCAUGCAGCUGUACUCAAGGUAAAAGAAGAAGAAUCACUGGAAGACAUUUCUUCAGUAAAGAAGAUAAUUAAGCAGACAAUCACGCAUUCCAGUAAAGUUCUCCGGUUUCCAAACCCAGAAGACAAAAAAUUAGAAGAAAUCAUCGGCCAGAUUAUGAGUGUGGAAGCCACCAUUGCCCGGGCAAGAUCACUGAAAGCAAAAUUUGGGAUAGAGAAAUGUGAGAAAGAAGAAGAACGCAAAGACCUAGAAAGAUUUGUGAACUCUUUUCUGGAACAGCCAGAAGUAUCGGUCAUUGGUGCUGGGAGAGGGCCUGCUGGUACUAUUAUUCACAAGCUUUUUGUGAGUGCACAGAGGCUGACUGAAUCUUCUGAGGAGGUUGCUACAAUGAUGCCCCUUGAUGAAGAUCUAAAGAGAUCUGGCUCUAUGGAUGAGAAACGGUUGAAUUCUGGAACAGUUGCAGAUUUCCCACCCCCAGCAGGGCGUGAAGUUAUUUUACGCACAACUAUUCCCCGACCUGCACCUUACUCUAAAUCUCUGCCUCAGCGAAUGUACAGUGUUCUUACAAAAGAGGAUUUCCGGCUUGCUGGUGCCUUUUCAUCUGACACAACGUUCUUCUGAAGUCACCAUCUGGUCUGCUGAUCUUGCAUCUUACGUUGGUGGAAGUGUUUUUCCAUGGAAAUAUAUACCCUGACAGGGUUGCUCUGCCCAAUCCUCUAGAGCUGCGAAUAAUCCUUUUGUGAGCUAGUAAAACAAUAAUAAUUCUCACAGACUAGUCAUUUAAGAGCAAUGCCUAUGCCAAACAAUUUCCUUAGAGAUGUUUGUAUAAUUUUAGAGUAAUUCUUUCUGGUCAGAGCCACUUUCUAUGGACUCCCCUGUCUACCUGCAGGUGUUAGGAGGGCUUUUGUGGGGUGCUGGGAACAGGAUUACUGGCUUUCAGAUAGAAAUCCAUUCCUAGUAAGUAAAUCUGCUUGCAGUAAUAAUGGAACUCUUAAAAGACCUGUAUAUUACUAUCAUGUAAAAGCUAAAUAUGAUACUUGUAGAAUUCCACGAUGUUGUGUGAAAGCUUACUGUGUUCAGUUUUAUGCUCAUCUAAAAUCAGAAUUAGGUAUGUAACUACCACCAUAAGUGAGUUCACACUAUUUAAACCUAUACAUAUUUUGGCCUAAUAAAAUGCAACUCACUUGUGGGUCUAUUUUGUUGUGUGCCUUACUGAAAAGGUGACCCAAUAUGUAAGUUAUUCUAUAACAUUGUGUGAUCCAGAAAAAUGUGUGAUAAAUGGUUUACUAUAAUAUAUAUACCACACCAUACAACCAGCAUCCUUUGCAUGGUAUGAAGUGUAUUAAACCAUGUGGCCCACUGGCUUUAAA